AUGUUAACCUUAAAUGUAGAAGGAAAAUGUGGUGGUCAAAAGGAAGAACCAAAAUGCAAGUGUGGUAGUGGCAUACCCAACCUAAAGGCCAAAAAGGAGACAAUUCCAGAUAUCACUAACUUCCUCAAGUACACUCACUAUCUUGAAGGAGGUACAUUUAAUCUAAGUGGUUAUUUACAAGAUGGAGGUGAAAUAGGAACAAGGGGGAAGAACAUUAACAAUGUUACCGAAGUCUCAGUGUACUACUGGAACAACAAUGAUCGCAUACCUAUCCUUAUUGGAGUUAUACGCCAUCAGGGUGGUGAUAAUCAAGAAACCAAGUACUAUUCCUAUUCUUAUGAUAGAGCAAAAGGGCUUGGUAAUUGGAGAAGUUUUGAUCGUGAUUCUAGUAAGUCACUUCUGCAACUGCUAGACGAUCAAAAUUGCCUAAGGAACCAUGCCGUUCCGUUUAAUAUACAGGACUCUACAUCAGGUUAUAUUAUCAAUGGCUCCAAUUCCAACUGUAUAAAUAAAUAUAGAAAUAUCACAGAGUCUAAACCUAUACCUACGCAUCCUCCGGGCAGUAACUAUAUUUCUAAAGCAUAUAUGACUACUGGCCUCCACGGUAGUACCCUCAGUACAAGAAUAUCUAGAGUUACAUUGCAUGGGAAAUCUGUCACAUUUUCUACUCCUAGUGAGGCAGUUGAGGAAAUAAGACUAUAUUCUUAUCAAGGUAGUGGUCAAGUACCUCUUAUGAUUGAAUUUCUCAAAAGAGGUGGAGGAUCAAGGUGGUAUGAGAGUACAGAUCAGAGUCAUCUUAGCUGGAGAGAAGUUGGUGAUGGCAGCAAUUUCUAUGAUGGAGACGAUGAUCCUCAGCCUACUCCAAAACUUUCAGAAAAGCUUGAUGAGGUACUAUGCAAACGGCACAAUAAUGUUACCAUCGAUUUAUCCUCUACUAGAACUAAUAGACAGUCAUAUUGUUGCAAUGAACAUAAAAGUGAGAAUAGAAUUUCUGUCGAGGAAGGCUAUGUUACAACAGCUGGUGAGACAAAGACUUCAUACUACAAGCAUACUAUUAUCAACACUAGUUUCAAUCUCGCUGGUAUCUACUAUACUGUUGGAGGUAUAAGGAGGAAUAUAAAACUUUCAGGAUCACACUUUCCCACCUCUGUAAAUAGUGUCUAUGCCUUCUACUGUGGAAAAGAGGAACCCUCACUCAUCUAUCUUGAUAGUGAUAAUGUUAUGACCAAAGGUUGGUAUAAGAAGGGUACUGAUGAGAACUGGAUAUGGACAUACACUGGUAUAGAUCCCAAAGAUUUCGAGAGUAACAACCUUGAAUGUAAACAGUGGAUGAAACUAAGGAUAGUGUUGGAUGGUUGUGGUUGUGAUAACCUACCAGACUGUCCAAACUCUGGAGGUACUGAUCGACUUACUGAUGAACAACUCAAAGAAGAACUCGCAAAAGAAGCUAAGGAAGUGAUAAAGAAAAGAGAUGAGUUGAUAAAACAAUCUCAACUUCUUGCUACCACUCCCGUACCUGGAGCCUUUCCAGGUUCUGGAGGUAGUAGUGGUGGCGGUGUAGGUGGAUCAUCUAAAUACCAUGAAAUCCGAGUUACUAAUGAUGAAAAUGGUCUUCUUAGACCUAAAGUCAAAGUUACUGGUCAAAAGGAUGGUCAAGGAAAAGCUAAACUUGAACUUGAUUAUGCCAAUUCCAGUGCUAAUGCUGGUGGUCCGGGUGGAGGAGCUCAGGCUAGUGGCCCAAGAGGCAGAGAUUCUACUUGGUCAUGGAAUAGACUUAAAGAUCUCGGAAGCGUUUUUAUCGAUGUGCUACUACCUAAACCUUAUACUAAAUCUGUACCUAGUCCAUUAUCAAAGGCUGAUCCAGGAAAAACUGGACUUACUGCUGCCUCAUCUAACAAAACUGCUACUCAAAAUCCAGAAUCUAAACAAAAACUUGACUCACGUGGCCAAGAUGCUACUGGUCUACCUGGUGAAAAAUCUCCUGAUAAGGGUGAUGAAUCUACUUCUGAAACUGCUCAAGGUGCUGGUCUUCCUUCUGAUGCUCUUCAAUCCGAAGUUGGUGAAGAUGGUGAUAAAGGUACUGUUAAAGAUGGUCUAGGUGUAGCUGGUAAAUCUGGAGUUGGUGUUGGAAAUACUGUCUCUAUACCUCCUCAACUACAAGCUGUUGACCUAGUUACUGGUUCUGCUAGUCUAGCUAGUGGAGUAUACACUGGUACUUCUGCUCUUACUCCUGAAGCUCUUCCUGCUGAACCUACUCCUCAACCUGAAAAAGUUGCUGAUCCUGUUUCUGGUGGUAUUCUCGCUGGUGCUGGAUACUUUUUUGCUACUUCUGCAGGAUCCGCCGCAACAUUUUUUGGAGGAUGGAAACUUUAUAAUCGCUAUAAAGGAGACCCUUGGGUUAGACAAGUAUAG